AUGGGUAAUGUUGAAGCCACUCCGGAAAGUCUAGAUCCUCCCACGGACUUCCGUGAUCAUGCCUCGGAUGCUGUCAGUAGAAAGAGCAGUCUAGAAACCACUACCGCAUCUCGACGAUCAGCCAACAAUGGAAAUCAGAAUGUUUCAUCAGCACUUUCUUCAAUUACUUCGCUGCCUUGUGGUAGCGGCACAUCGUCACUCUGGGGCAAAGAAGAAAUAGAUGAUACGUAUCACGAACAGGGUGAUUUUCCAAACUCGAUCACUCAGGGGGACUUGCUUCAGCAGACUACUGAUGAUCAUCUGUCCGAUGUGAAUAGAAAUAACCGCCGAAGCGGGACUCUGGAACUCCUGGCCAAGGCGUCCGCGCAGCUAAAAGAACUACGCCUAAGCCUCUCAGGUCACCCGCCUUCGGCGAAAGAGGCCAAUGAGCUAGCAGUUGUUAGUGCGCAGGUUAUCGAACCUUGGGAGGAGAAAGGCAUCUCCUCACUCUCCUCCAAUGGCCUUUUGCGGUCCAACGAGGGGAAAGUUUACAGACCAAGAAGCCUCUCAGAGAACUCCGGUCCCGUGGCUUUGAGGCCUAUCGUGGUCGCUCGUAAGCGUCAACAACGUCCAGAAAAACCCACCAGGAAGUCUGUAAACAUCUUCGGAACACCACUGUCGCAGAACCAGAGGAAGCACACUGUUCUGGCCUGCCUUCACGCCGAGACGCCAGAUGCUAGUCAGUCGGUUCUGCCCGCAAAGCCGAAAUUUCGGCGUCGAUUCUUCCUGCCUGAGAUGGCCCAGAUUGAGGAGAUGCUCUUCGAUAGCCACGACAGGCGCGUGAAAGCCAUCUGCUCUCGCUACCUCUGCGACCUCAAGGUCUACUCGAAAAUUCUGCACGGUGGAUGCUUACGCAACGUAAUCGUUCUCUCCGCCUGUCACAUGGAAUCCCUGCGUAAGUGCGUUCGAGCUUUGGACUCGCGAAUGAACUGGUGUCUCACAGCACAACUGAAAUAG